AAUUGCCGCAAUGUGUUUUGACGAAGACAUUCCACCAUCGUCUGCCGUCCAAGUAACCAUCAAAGAUGAUUGCAAAUCACUUAUUUUGUCCAAUGAACAAUUGACUACUUUGAUGAAAGAUAUGGAUAAGUCCAUAAGAAACGGUUUGGGCAAAGAAACCAAUUCAUCUUCUGUUGUUAAAUGUUAUGUCACUUAUGUACAGGAUUUACCUAAUGGGACAGAAAGAGGUAAAUUCUUGGCUUUGGAUUUGGGCGGUACUAACUUCCGUGUACUAUUGAUUGAAUUGGGAGAUAAAAACCACUUCCAUAUGGACUUUGAAACUUUCAAAGUUCCCAGUCAGAUCCAAACUGGCAAAGGCACAGAAUUAUUUGAUCAUAUUGCUAAAUGUCUGGCAGAAUUUGUAAAUAAGUACAAAGUGGACAGCAAAAAGGCAUUGCCGCUGGGCUUUACUUUUAGUUUUCCACUUAGACAAGUUGGACUUACAAAAGGAUUUUUAAAUAGCUGGACCAAAGGAUUUAAUUGUUCGGGAGUGGUUGGCGAAGACGUUGUCAGACUUCUUAAGGAAGCCAUCAAGAGAAGGAAGGACGUACAGAUUGACGUGUGUGGAAUAUUGAACGAUACAACUGGUACACUCAUGUCAUGCGCUUGGAAGACUCCGAACACCAAAAUUGGACUUAUAGUUGGAACGGGCUGUAACGCAUGUUACGUUGAAAAAGUGGAGAACGUCGAACUUUUCGACGGCGACAAGAUAAAACCGCACGUUAUCGUGAACACCGAGUGGGGCGCAUUCGGGGACGACGGAAAAUUAGACGCCAUUCGCACGAAGUAUGAUCGGGAAAUCGACGAGGACUCGUUGAACCCAGGACAACAGAGAUUCGAGAAAAUGAUUAGCGGCAUGUAUAUGGGCGAGAUUGUGAGGUUGGCUAUCGUGGACUUGGCCAAUCAAAACAAACUUUUCGAGGGAAAACUGUCUGAACAAAUGAAGACCAAAGGUGCGUUUGGCACGUCAUUCGUAUCAGAUAUUGAGAGUGAUACUGCUAACUACAAAAAUACGUGGAAAGUUCUAAGCGAGAUGGGCAUCAACGACCCAUCGUUGGCCGAUUGUGCCAAUGUGCGAUAUAUUUGCGAGUGUGUGUCCAGUCGUUCGGCGCAUUUAGUGUCUGCUGGUCUGGCCGUGAUUCUCAACAAAAUGGACGAAAAAUCUGUAACAAUCGGUGUCGACGGUUCUGUUUACCGUUUCCAUCCCUAUUUCCAUAAACUCAUACUGGAAAAGACUAGACAGCUGACUAAAGCCGACAUCAAUUUUGAAAUGAUGUUGUCCGAAGAUGGAAGUGGUCGUGGAGCCGCCCUCGUUGCUGCUGUAGCUGUCAGGGAUGAAUUGCCUUUGGUGACAAAUGAAGAAUUAUCAAAAUAA